GAGGGCCCCUGGACAGCCACGGGGUGGAGAGAAGCGCUUGAGCCCCCCACCCCCCGGCGUCGGGGGAGGGGCAUCGGGACGGGGAGGCGGAGGUGGCGAGACUGCCUGUGACUGCCCCCAGCCGGGCCGGGAAAGGGCUCCUGAGACUUUUGCAGGCGGAAAAUGCUGUCCUAGGCCUCAUUCUCCUCAUCUGUAAAAUGGGGGAGAAUAGGUCCUGCCUGUAUGGAGAACUAUACCUGCACGGGCUGUGGUGAAUAUUUAUCAAGGACACGAUAUUCAAGAGAAAGUUUAUAUCCUAAGAUGAUGAAUGCUGACAUGGAUGCUGUUGAGGCUGAAAAUCAGGUGGAAUUAGAAGAGAAAACACGACUUAUUAAUCAGGUGUUGGAACUGCAGCACACACUUGAAGAUCUUUCUGCACGAGUGGAUGCAGUGAAGGAAGAGAAUCUGAAACUGAAAUCAGAAAACCAAGUUCUUGGACAAUAUAUAGAAAAUCUUAUGUCUGCUUCUAGUGUUUUCCAGACAACUGACACAAAGAGCAAAAGGAAGUAAGGAGUUGGUCCCUGUUUUACUUCUUAGUAUUGCUGCUGGGCUUGCUUGUUUUUCUCCUUUUUAAUCUGCAUAGGCUCUUUAAAAGUUAAAAAAAAACAACAACAACAAAACAACAUACCCAUUAGUUUGUGGCUUCAUUGAGUACUUUGGAAUAUAUGGCAGAUGUAGGCAGAGUUGAGAGCACUAACAUAAUUUGAGGUUACCAGUGACUUUAUGUAUAUGAUAGACUUUGAAAAUGUGCAAAUGUAUUGUAGAGAUUUUAUAAUUAGAAUUGCAUAUAUUUGUUAAUAAAACUUGAAGAUGGAUGUUUUGUCAUAUUGGAUUUCAUUUGCAGGGUUAAGUAAACAGCUGACUCGUUACAGAAUCACUUAAAACUUAAAAUAAGUUAGCAAAAUAAUUUCCAUUUUGUGGAAAAGUGACCAAAAUCAUAUUCUAAAAUGUAUAGCUUUAUCUUAACUUGCCAACCAUCUUGUGCCUCUUCCCAUUGUAUCUCUUUUGUUCUCACCAUCAAUUUACCCUAAAAUUUGGUCACUUAACUAACCUAUUUAAAUACAAGAAUCACCCAAACUUUAAGUGUUUAAAAUAAAAGGUUUUCUCAACUGAGACGUAUAGUAUAAUUUGGUGAGUUAGAUCUGUUGGCUUGCCCCUGAAAAACUGAAGAUGACGGACAAAUGGUAUGGGAAAAAAAAAAGAUUACUCUUUGGAACCUUCAUUUGCUAUGAGAAAUUAAUGUGUAUUUCAAAAUAGGAAUAAAUUUCACAAAAAUAAUUCCAGGUUACAUCUCAAAAAUAUAUGAGCAACCUGUAAACAUGUGAACUCUGAAUCGAUCCAAUUUGCUAUUUAAUAUCUAGUUUCUUUGGGUUGUCAUUUGGAAUAAAGUGGGGUAAUAGUAAGUAAUUUAAACUUGACUAACCAUUGGCCAAAUGUCAAUCUUCAAGGAUUCCAGUGUCUAGAAAGAGUAACAUUUGCAAAAAAUCUUGAGUUUAUCAGUAUUACAUGCUUAAAAUGGCAGUUUUGCUUGUAGUACAAUUAUAAAUUUUUGAAUGCCCUAAUUAUCUCCAAACCCAACUAUUUGGGUUUUAGGCAUGUUUUGGUAAAAAAAAAAAAUUUUUUUAAUUCCAGUACAGAUUCCACUUAGCAUGGGAAUCUGAAUAUCUAUUGAGAAUUAAAUGUAAAAAUAUUUUCGUUAUGGCAAUGGGAAAGAGACCCACUAUUGUCAGUUAUAAUGGCUUUAUUAGACUAGAGCCACUUUUAAUCAAGGAAUAAUCUUAUGUUUUUGUAUGGAUAUGAAAUUAGACAAAAUGCUUGUAGCUGUGUGUGUGUUGUGUGUGUGUGUAUACAAACAGAUAUAUAUAGAGAGAGUAGUGAAAGUAAACAUUUUGCAUCCCAUUUGUGACCUUUUAUGUAAUUUAUGAACAUUUAAAAUUGUAUUGCAAUUCUGAAUUUCUGUUAAAUAAAAGCUUUUUUUUUUU